AUGUCAAGGCUUACUGAAUCACUUGCUGUAGAGAGAGUUAUAGGAGAAGUAGUGGACAAUUUCACCCCAAGUGUGAAAAUGAAAGUUACUUAUAAUUGUAGCAAGCAAGUUUGCAAUGGCCAUGAAUUCAUGCCUGCUGUCAUUACUGCUAAGCCCCGUGUCGAGAUCGGUGGCGAGGACAUGAGGCCUGCUUAUACACUUAUCAUGACAGACCCUGAUGCUCCAAGCCCUAGUGAUCCACACUUAAGGGAACAUCUUCACUGGAUUGUCACAGACAUUCCUGGCACCACUGAUGCUUCCUUUGGCAAGUUUCCAAAUUUUAGAGCUUACGUACUUAUAUACUUUAAUAAGCGGCCGCUCACGUUAGGGCUAGAUUCAUGCAUGUGCAAAUCUUCUCGAUGCAGAGAAAUUGUGAGCUAUGAAACUCCAAAGCCAGUCAUUGGUAUCCACCGCUAUGUAUUCGUCUUGUUCCAGCAGAAAGCAAGACAAACAGUGAGUCCACCACCUUCAAGAGACCAUUUCAACACCAGAAGCUUCUCAGAACAGAAUGACUUGGGACUUCCAGUGGCUGCUGUGUACUUCAACGCACAGAGAGAGACUGCUGCGAGAAGAAGAUAAACUAUGGCCCUUUUCUACUCUCAAAAGAACCUCUACUCUCACUAUAUCGUCAGUUCCACUUCCACAGGAGAGAGAGAGAG